AGACUGGAAGCUGCUCGUAAGUCAAGUAGACGAUAACUGAGUCAGCUAUAAUUCUCAGUCAAAUGAAGUUCAUUGGCCUACAUUGCUUUCUGCCUGGCUGUAUAUUAUUCUGCUUCUGCUCGUAAUUAAUUAUAACCAAAACGCAAGACUUUGAAAGCGUGUUCUUUUCCUAGCUGUUGCAGAAAAUUAAUGAAGAUGAGAUCGGUGUUGUGGAUGGCGGUGAUCCUGGUAUUGUCAUCUUCUGCCAACGUCAGAGCAAGUUCAAUUGCCAAAGAGGGCUGCCCAGAAAGAUGUGGAAGCGUUAGCGUUCCUUACCCUUUUGGAUUGGACAAAUCAGAAUGCGCCAAGAACUCUUCCUUCCUGCUUAAUUGCGCGCAGAAUGGCAGCCUCUUCUUUAGAAACAUCCAAAUUUACAACAUAUCAUUGGAGAACGGUACCUUCACCGGAGGCAUUGCCUCAGCCUGGGAAUGCGACUACGGAAGGGGAAAGUCUCGAAGGUUCGACCAGCAUAUCAACCUCAAUAGCUGGCCUUUCACCGUCUCCCCCACCCACAACAAGUUAAAAGCUUUGGGCUGCGACUCCAUGGCCCUGAUGAGGGACAACAAAGGAAGUUUCGGAAGUGGGUGCGUAGCUCUCUGCAACUCUGAAGAGAUCGAAAUCGAUGGUUCUUGCUCAGGUCACGAAUGCUGCCAGACCUCCAUCCCUAAGAACGUCAAAACUUUGGACAUAAAGGCUAAGAGCGCAUCUGAUAAUCGCAGUAAUUAUUUUCAUUUCUUCCCCUGCAGUUAUGCUUUUGUGGUUGCAAAUUCCUACAACAUCGCGGUAAGAGACUUCCAAGGUUAUCCAAAUAAAACUCCGUCACCACAUGUGGUGUUUGAAUGGGUGGUCGGAGAGCGAGACUGCCAAGCAAGUGAAGGUCUCUUGGGGGAUUCUUGCAGCGAUAAUGCUAACUGCACUUACUCUGAGACUGGUGGUGGAUCUCGUUGCUAUUGCCGGCCAGGGUUCACCGGAAAUCCCUAUCUCCCACAGGGAUGCCAAGAUAUUGAUGAGUGCAAAGACCAGAAAAAUCCAUGUCAAGAAGGUACUUGUCGGAAUACCUUUGGGAAUUACAUAUGCGACUGCCCGCUUGGCAUGCGUGGUGACGGUAAAGUUGGCUGCCGGGGACUCCGACUGACCACCAUUGCAAUAGUGAUUGGAGGGGUCAUUCUUGUUAUCAUUAUCACCAUCUUGAUUUUCAUUGUCUGUCAAAGGAGGAAGAAGGAGAAAUAUUUUAGAGCUAAUGGAGGUAUGAUAUUGAAGCACCAAAGAAUCAGGAUUUUUAGUGAGGCAGAAUUAGAAAAGGCAACCAACAACUACGACAAUAGGCUGUUGCUCGGAGAAGGAGGCUUCGGUUCAGUCUACAAGGGAGUUUUAGGAGACGACACCCUAGUUGCAGUCAAGAAGGCCAAAGAUGUGGACAAGGCAAGAAUGAACCAGGAAUUUCAGCAUGAAAUUGGCGUUGUUUCUCAGGUGAACCAGGAAUUUGAGCGUGAAAUUGACGUUGUUUCUCAGGUUAACCAUCGGAAUGUUGUGAAACUCUUAGGUCUGUGUUUGGAGACUAAAGUCCCAUUGCUGGUAUAUGAAUUCAUUUCAAAUGGAACCCUCCACCAUCAUAUUCAUGACAAGGGAUCACAAAUUUUAGGGUCAUGGAAGAAUCGUCUGAGGAUUGCUACUGAGACUGCACUUGCACUUGACUAUUUGCAUUCUUUAGCAGAACCACCAAUCAUUCAUGGUGAUGUGAAGUCGAUGAACAUACUGUUGGAUGAUCAUUACACAGCCAAAGUAUCUGAUUUUGGGGCUUCAGUGUUCAUCUCACCAAACCAAACUAGAAAAGGCUCCAAAAUACAAGGGACAAUUGGGUACUUGGAUCCAGAGUACCUAAUGACUGGGAUUUUAACAACAAAGAGUGAUGUUUAUAGCUUUGGGGUCGUCAUGGUGGAGCUGUUGACAGGGGAGAAGCCUAUUUCAUCUAGUAGGGAUGGGGAGAAGAGAAACAUAAUUCUGUAUUUCAUGUCAUCUGUGGAAGAUAAUCGGGUUGGCCAAGUUCUUAAUUUUAAGCCAGCAGAUGAUGGUGAAAUGGAGGAAGUAGAAGCAGUUGCUGAGCUUGUUAAGAGAUGCCUAAAUAGAAGCGGCCUAAAAAGGCCAACCAUGAAGGUAGUCGCGGAGGAGCUUACAAGAUUGAAAAAGCUCAGUCACAACUUUUGGGCUCAUCAGGGCAGUGAAGAAACUGAGUGCUUGCUGGGAGAAUCCUCAUCACAUACUAGUUAUGAGUUUUCAAAUAUCAAUAUGGACCAAAUGGAUACAUAUUCCGUGCACAAAACAUUUGACAUUGAACGAGGAUCAACUGUGGCAUCUAAUACUUCCUCCUGCUAGUCUUCCAUAAUUAUUAAAUUUGAUUAGUUACAUCAAUUUCAUCAAACACGCUUUCCACUUAGUUUUUGUUUCUUGGUUUUCUAUGUAUUCAUCAUAGGUGUUGAACCGGAGGAUAUCCCUAUCAAGGCCUUAUUUAUUUAUUUAUCUCAAUUUAUUAUUAUAUAUGUUGUUUUUUACUCUUUUUUAUUUCAAUAUUAUUUUAUUAGAAAAGUUUUAUAUCAAAAUACAAAUGACACAGUUUU